UUUGGUAACAUCUUAUAGCAUUUCAUUUUAGUGAUUUACAAACUGUAUUUACACAAAUGUUUUUUAAUUUGAUAUAUGAGAGACAGGGUUGCUUGAGCAGACGGUGGAGGAGAUAUUGGGGUUAAAAGUCUGAAAGUUCGUUUCCGCCACCUACAUCCCGGACUUCAAACCAAAGCUCAUCUCUCCCAGCUCUCACCAUGUCCAUCGACCCGGCGGCCGAGCUGCCUUUCUACUACGGCAGCAUCAGCCGCUCAGAUGCUGAACAGCACCUGAAGCUGGCCGGGAUGGCCGACGGGAUCUUCUUGCUGCGACAGUGUCUCCGCAGUCUUGGGGGCUACGUCCUGUCGGUUGUGUGGAACCUUGAAUUUCACCAUUACCCCAUAGAGAAGCAGCUUAACGGGACGUACAGCGUCACAGGAGGGAAGCCUCACUGCGGGCCUGCAGAGCUCUGUGAGUUCUACAGCAAAGACCCUGACGGGCUGGUGUGCGCCCUGAAGAAACCCUGUCUGCGCCCCCCGGGCACGCCGAUUCGUCCUGGGGUGUUUGACAGCCUGAGAGAAAACAUGCUGAGGGAGUAUGUGAAGCAGACCUGGAACCUGGAGGGAGAAGCCAUGGAGCAGGCCAUCAUCAGUCAAGCUCCUCAGCUGGAGAAACUGAUCGCCACCACGGCCCACGAGAAGAUGCCCUGGUAUCAUGGUAAAAUCACCCGGCAGGAAGGCGAGAGGCGGCUUUACUCUGGUGCACAGCCAGACGGCAAGUUCCUGGUGAGAGACAGAGAGGAAUCUGGUACUUUUGCUCUCUCUAUGGUGUAUGGAAAGACAGUGUACCACUACCAGAUCCUCCAAGACAAAUCAGGAAAAUACUCGAUGCCAGAGGGAACAAAGUUUGACACAAUCUGGCAGCUGGUUGAGUACCUGAAGAUGAAAGCUGAUGGCCUGGUGACUAAUCUCGGGGAGGCAUGCGUUCACGGAAAAGCUGCAGAAAAGACACCCCGUCUGCCUGCUGCUAGGCCGGUCCAAAAUGGAUACACACCGCCACCCAAAGCUCUUGCAGCGGUCUCAAACCCAGCCUCCACUGAACCCGAGGACCGUGACUUGCUGCCGAUGGAUAGUAACGUAUUCAACCCAUACCACAACCCGAAUGAAGUGAGGAAGUUUAACAUCAAGAGGAGUCAGCUGCUGAUCGAUGAAGUGGAGCUGGGCUCUGGAAACUUUGGCUGCGUUAAGAAAGGAACUCUCAAGACUGAUUCGGGCCAGGUCGAUGUGGCCAUCAAAGUGCUGAAGAGUGACAAUGAGAAGCUGGUAAAGGAGGAGAUGAUGAGGGAGGCAGAGAUCAUGCACCAACUGAACAAUCCCUUCAUCGUCCGCAUGCUGGGUCUGUGCAACGCUGAGCAUCUGAUGCUGGUCAUGGAGAUGGCCUCUGCCGGACCUCUCAACAAGUUCCUCUCCACCAACAAGGAUACUGUAACCGUGGAGAACAUUGUCAACAUGAUGCACCAGGUGUCGAUGGGAAUGAAGUACCUGGAGGAGAAGAACUUUGUGCACCGAGACUUAGCAGCUCGUAACGUCCUGCUGGUUAACCAACAAUUUGCCAAAAUCAGUGACUUUGGGCUCUCCAAGGCCCUGGGAGCUGAUGACAAUUAUUACAAGGCUCGUACUGCAGGUAAAUGGCCCCUGAAGUGGUAUGCUCCAGAAUGUAUAAACUUCCACAAAUUCUCCAGUAAAAGUGACGUGUGGAGUUUUGGUGUCACCAUGUGGGAGGCCUUUUCCUAUGGAGGGAAACCCUACAAGAAAAUGAAAGGACCAGAGGUGAUACGCUUCAUUGACAGUGGGAACCGCAUGGAUUGUCCAGCAGCAUGUCCAGAGAGAAUGUAUGCAGUCAUGAAAGAAUGCUGGACAUACAAGCAUGAGGAGCGUCCUGACUUCAAGAAGGUUGAGGAGUCCAUGAGGUCUUACCAUUACUCCGUAUCGAACAAGGCCAAGACUGAGGGAGCUGAAGCCGCUGCUGAGCCUAUCAACUAGACAGAAACAAGGCACAUUCUGUCCCAGCGCUGCACAAAGCAUCCUUUCAACUGGCCAUUAAACAACCAAAACAAAGAGCUUCUUAUGAACAGUGUGCACUGACCAGCUUCGACUACAGUACCAAUACAGCUUAACAGGCCUCAGUGACAAUAAAUGUGCAUUUGUAAAUCAGUGUGUCGGCCAUGUGAGGAGGAUCUCCGUCUGUCUAUCUGUAUGUCAUUGUUUGAAUGUUAAGUGUUGAAAUCUCCGUAAUGAUGAACAAACUAAUUUUAUAUCCUGAUAUUUUGGAGUGUAAUGGGAGUAUAUGGUGCAUGUUGUUACAUGCUGUUUUUCAUUUUAUUUUCUGCCUCCCAAGAUUACUUAACUGUUUUUUUAUGCCAAAUAAACUACAAGUAGAAAUAAAAUGAUAGAACUGCACACUUAAAUAAUAUUCUGUCAAUAUUCCUCAUAAGGUCAAUGAUUAAAAAGUUGAUAAUACA